UAACAACGAACCUACCUACCUAGUUAUCUGUUCAUCAAAGGUCAUAUCUAUAAUCUACAGCUACUUUUGCAUCUUAACCGAUUAUUUGGAAUCACGUAAAAUUUGUUUCGAUAAAAAAAAAAAAAAGAUUGAAAUCCCUAGAGUUUGGAUUUGAGGCAAAUUAAAAAAAUCUCUCUUACUUCGCUCACUUUUUUUUAAUUGGUGCUCGAUGAGGUUCCUGAGAUACUCUACGUGGCUCAACACUUUCCAACUCCUCACGCACCUAACCCGAGCACGAGCCGAACGCCAGAUACCCAUCUCCAUCAAAGCCUCAUCCAAUUCUUCCGUGCUGCGGUCAUCUAUGCCGUCUAUCCCUUUCUUUGGCAGCUUCUUUGGUUCCACUUCAUCAAGCUCCGACAAGAUGACCUACCCUGUACAGAAGUCUGACGACGAGUGGCGCGCAGUUCUUUCCAAAGAGCAAUUCCGCAUCUUGCGUGAAAAGGGUACAGAGCGGCCCGGCAGCGGCGAGUUCGACAAGCACUCGCCCAAGUCGGGAGUCUACACCUGUGCCGGCUGCGACGCCCCGCUGUACAAGGCGAACCACAAGUUCUCCUCGGGCUGCGGGUGGCCGGCCUACUUUGACAGCAUCCCCGGCGCCGUGACCAGACAUGAGGAUCGAUCUCUGGGAAUGACUAGGGUCGAGAUCGUCUGCUCCAACUGCGGUGGACAUCUCGGGCACGUCUUCAAGGGCGAAGGCUACCCGACCCCCACCGACGAGAGGCACUGUGUCAACAGCAUCAGCCUCAAGUUUUCAUCCGAGGAUAAAGCUGAUGCCAAGGAUAGCAAAGCUUGAAAUGGGGGUUGUUUGUAGGUCUGCAUGCGGCGUUUGAUUUGGUGGGGGUUGUGCCUUGGAAAGUAGGUAGUGUAUUGAAAACACUGUCUUCCUUCAAUUAUGC